AUGAGCGAUGUUAAAGCUUUCUCUCCUCUGAAUAUCAAGACGGUGAAAAUCAGAGACGAUCGUGAUGUCUCAGAAUUUGAUCCUAAUACUGGAGUGAAAAGGGCCCUCAAAAACAGGCAUAUUUCCUUAUUGGCGUUGGGUGGUAUCAUUGGCCCUGGAUGUCUUGUUGGUGCAGGAAAUGCCCUCCAGAAAGGUGGACCUCUUGCUCUUCUUCUGGGGUUUGUCAUUAUUGGGAUAAUAGCCUUCGCUGUGAUGGAAUCUAUAGGUGAAAUGAUUACCUUGUAUCCUUCAGGCGGUGGAUUUACCACUUUGGCCAGAAGAUUCCAUAGCGAUGCUCUGUCUGCAGUAUGUGGUUAUGCUUAUGUUAUCGUUUUUUUUGCGGUUUUGGCAAACGAAUAUAACACUCUUUCGUCGAUACUUCAGUUCUGGGGACCCCAGGUUCCCCUGUAUGCUUAUACCUUGAUAUUUUGGAUUGUCUUUGAAAUUUUUCAAUUGAUUGGUGUUGGUGUUUUUGGCGAGACGGAAUACUGGCUAUCUCUGUUGAAGAUAUUAGGGUUGAUUGUCUACUACAUUUUCUCCAUCAUUUACAUGUCUGGUGGUGUUAGAAAUAAGCCAGCAUUUGGCUUUCAUUAUUGGAAAGAUCCAGGAUCACUAUCGCAUGGGUUCAAGGGAAUAGCUGUAGUCUUUGUGUUUUGUUCAAGUUUUUAUUCCGGAACUGAGUCUGUUGCUUUGACUGCAACGGAGUCAAAAAAUCCUACCAAAUCAGUUCCUUAUGCGGUGCGACAGACCUUAUGGAGAAUUGUAGUUGUGUACAUUGGUAUCGCUAUCUUCUACGGGUCAACUGUACCAUUCAACGACCCAAACCUUUCUGUGAACACCAAAGUGCUUAAGUCUCCCAUAGCUAUUGCCAUUUCUCGGGCUGGCUGGGCUGGCGGAUCACAUUUAGUGAAUGCUUUUAUCUUAUUUUCAUGUAUCUCCGCUAUUAAUGGAUCACUUUAUAUAGGAAGCAGAACGCUAACAAAUCUGGCGUACGAGGGCCUGGCUCCUAAGUUUCUUGCUUGGACAGAUAAAAGAGGUGUUCCUAUCCCGGCCAUCACGAUAUUCAAUGCGCUAGGUUUGAUAUCAUUGAUGAACAUGAGUGUUGGUGCUUCAAAUGCCUAUUCCUAUAUAGUUAAUCUUUCUGGGGUUGGAGUUUUCAUUGUCUGGGGUGUAAUAAGUUAUACACAUUUGAGACUCCGAAAAGCAUGGGUAGCUCAGGGAAGAUUACUGGAAGAGCUGCCUUAUAAAGCAUUAUUUUAUCCCUGGACUCCCAUAUUCAGUUUAAUUUCCAACAUUUUCUUAGCACUGAUUCAAGGGUGGACCUCUCUUGUUCCUUUUAAAGCACCAGAGUUCGUCGAUGCUUAUAUCCUUUUACCGGCAGCAAUUAUAUUAUACGUUGGGGUGUGCGUAUUUAAGAAUCAUAACUUCAGAAUUGUUGAUUUGACUUCAGUGAACUUAGAUGAAGGCAGAAGAAAAGACAUGGAGAAUGAUCAGUCUGAUCAAGAAAGUAUUCUGUCAUCCUUUGAUAUCUGA